UUGAGUGGGUUUAUUUAGGACUGUGUGAGCAGAGGUAAACCAAAGAUACCCUACAUGAUUUCAUCAUGGCCAGGGUCCAUAUGAUCAGUUGCUCACUGGCUUUAUUUAUACAGCUGUGUGCUUUCUCUGCAUUUGGACAGGAGUUUUUUGUAAGUAUAAAAAUUGAAAAGGAAAAGAAAAAAAUAAGAAAUCUCAAUUUUGUUCACAUUUUGGAAAAAGAAAAUCAGCUAAUAAAGAAUUUGUUUAUUUUGAUUUCAUCACAGAUGAUCACGGAAGGAGGUGGCACUGAUGGUAAGGACAGAUUUUAGUGAACCUGGUUUAAAAAACAAACACAACUUUACAAUUUAAAUGUUUACUUAUGACUUUCUUUGCUUACAGAUUAUGAAUACUAUUACGACAUAACCGUGGACGUCCCCGAAGAAGACUCAGCUGUGUUUGGUUUAGAUGACUGGUUGUAUGAACUCUUGGAUGUAACAGGUAACACACCCUCUACUCAAGAGUGAAUCACUUUCAUCCUGCUCUGCACUGAUUUCUCAAAGCCUUUGGGGUAAAACAGCAUGUGAGGUUUGACUUUAAGAGACUGAUUCUGUCCAUUUUUAGAUCAGUGUGAUCCAAACCCGUGUUUGAAUGGAGGCAGCUGUGACACUGCUGCUGGAGGAUUCAUAUGUGUGUGCCCUGAACGUUACACAGGAAAGAAGUGCCAGACAGGUACAAAGUAUCUGUGUGAACAGUAUUUGUUUUAUCUCUUUACUAUGCUCAAACAGAUCAGGUAUAUUUUGAGAGGCUUGAUUAUUGUUUCUCCUGUCCUGGUCUCAGCAUUCCUUGUGUUUCUUAAUCCCAGUUUACCAACAAAAAUGUUGGGUCAAAGUCAUAUAUCUUGGCUCCCAUUGGCUAUUUAUUUACCAUUGAAGUAAAUUGCCAACUUCAGCUCCACAGAUAAAAAAUGAAAUGAUAUUAUACAAUGUUUACAUUAUUACAAAUCUAGGAGGGGGUAAAUUAUAAAAGGUGGAGAUUGUUGUAAGCAUCUGUUGCCCAACCCACACCUUCAUACUCACAGACACUGAAGUGAGAGUAGGUGUCAGUGAAACAACUGAAUAAGCAGCCCUGUUAUCAUGAUGUUAUGCAUACAAUUUCUACAUUAAAAGAUACAGUUAUCUGUCAAAAGUCAAUGGGUUGAGAUUUUUUAAAAGUCGUUACUCGAGCAUGUAGAGGAUGAGGAACGCAAAGACCAAAAAUUGUCUGAAAAACUAAAAGUUCCUCACAAAAGCUCAAAGUACAGAUUUGAUGUUUUUCAGUGCUCAGACUUUAGGUUGGACUUUGGGUUACAAGGUUUGUGCACCACAACACCCACUUAUCUUGCACCAUAGACAUAUAGUAGAUCUGAUUACAAAAUUAGAACUAAAUAUAAUUUUCCUGCUAAGCUCAUUUCUGUAUUUGCUGUAAAAUUAUAUCUAAAUUGAUCAAAUUUGGUUCUUCUGAAAAGGAUAAACAAAUCUGUGUUAUACCUGUCUGCCUAUCUGCACUUCAUGUUUUACUUAUGCACUGUUUUCGACAUGUAAGUACUUUGUAACUAUGUGUUUUCACAGCAACAAAGUUAUCUUACUAAUAUUGAAAUAAAUGUGUUUUCAGUGAAAGAUUAUUGCAGGAACGUGAACUGUGGCCAAGGUAGCUGUGUCACCACAUCUACUGCUCCAUUCUAUGAGUGCAAAUGCAAACCUCCAUACAGACCACCCGACUGCAGGAAAGGUCUGUGCUAAGAGGUUUUAUUGCACCAUUUUCUUGAUUGUUUUGGUCUGUCUCAGUUGGCUUUCUCAUUACAUUACAUGAACAUAUUUCCAUUUCACAUCAGACACUGAUCUUCUUGUAUGUACACAGCUUCUCCCUGCAGACCUAACCCCUGCCAGAAUGGUGGCUCUUGCCAGAGAGGUCCCAAGCGCUCGUCCUUCCAGUGUGCUUGUCCUGUUGGGUACAGUGGAAAGUUCUGUGAAGUUGGUAAAUGCACUGCUACUGCCCUUAUAAAGAAGAAUAAAAAAAAGGUAUAAACUUUAAGAGGUCUUUUGCUACCUAGCUUAGUUGAAACAUUGUUUUGUUUUUCUAGGGCCAAACGACUGUUAUGAAGCAGACGGAGAGUUGUACCGUGGCAUGGUGAGUGUGACUGUAGAUGGAGAGGAGUGUUUGGACUGGAACUCUUAUUUCAUCCGGCAGAAAGGCGGAGAUCCUUUCGAAGAGUAUGCAGGCUUUGACGGAAUUGGACCUCACAAUUUCUGCAGGUGAGGAGACGUCUGGUGUAAAUGUUGGAUGUGUUGACUUUUGACAUUAUGUUCUCAUUUGGUUGCAGUUCAUGUGAGGUAUGUUUCUGUGUGUACUCAAACUGUGUUGGAGACUUUUUGAUGUUUUGUUUGACUGUGCAUUCAGUUAAACCAGAAAGAUUUAUGAGAAGGUUUGAAGUUGUUGGUGUUGUUUAUUAGUGUUAACACCACUUUUUUUAGUGCUUUAUAGAGUUGGGAGUUAGUUGUUUAGGAGUUUCAGGUUGUGAGAUAAAAUGUGUUGUAACUUAUUAAGGACAUAUAUGCGUAAAUGUAUUUUUUUUAGGGUUGGUUAAAGUCUUCUUGUCUUUGUCCAUUUCAGAAACCCUGAUGGAGAAGAUCAGCCAUGGUGCCUAAUCAAAAAAGACAACAAUGUGAAGUGGAACUUUUGUCAAGUCAGGAAAUGUUCUCCAGGUAAAACAUAUAAAAACAAACACAAAGAAAGAUUACAGUUCAGGCUUCCACUGCUCCUCUUUACUAAUUUUUAUCUGACCUCCCUAGCUCCCACAGUACCGACCUUUCAUGAACCAGAUCCAACUCCAGCCAAGCCCACAGUCCCUGCUGCCCAGUUCUCCCAGUGCGGGAAGCCUCAGCCAGGCCGCUCUGCAAGGAUCUUUGGGGGGAAGAAGUCUCUUCCUGGAGCUCAUCCCUGGCAGGCAUCCCUGCAGACCAGACCAAGAGGCUCCUCUGGGCCUUUCAGACACAUCUGUGGAGGCAUCCUGCUGGAGUCCUGCUGGGUGCUUACUGCUGCACACUGCAUGUGAGAUUUUCUUUUACUCCUUUAUUAAUUGGCUCUUUUUUUAACUUUCUAAUUGUAAAUUCAGGCAUCUCUACCUUUUAAUAUCGCUAAAUUUUCAUGUUUGAUGAUGAUGAUGAUGAUUUCACAGCAAAAGCGGAGUUGAAAUGCAAGUGGUUCUCGGAGGGGUGGACAUAGAAAAGGAUGAAGUAUAUGAUCAGGUGAUUCCUGUGGAGAAAGCCAUUGUGCAUGAAGAAUACAGGCAGACUCCAUUUGCACUCCAUAAUGAUGUUGGUAAGAUAGAAAAAAAGCAGUGAAUUAAGGCAUCCAAUUCAAACCUCUGAGAUGAAAUGCGCUGAUGGACUCUUGCAUGUGUUCUUUGCCUCGUGUGUCUCCUGUGCAGCCAUGCUUCAGCUGAAAGUCACUGACAGACCGUACUGCGCCAAAGAAACCCGCUUUGUGAAGACAGCCUGCCUGCCUAACAUGAACUUCGAUAGCGGGACAGAGUGUGUGAUUUCAGGCUGGGGUGUGACCGAAACACGUAUGAACCUUGCAAUCUCUCUACAAACAUCAUGUUGUAACAUAUUGAUCAGCGUUAGUUAACAGGGUCAGUAGUUUCAAAACUGUGGUUUCUGUCUAUAAGCAUUAACGCAAUGAAUUUAAAAUUGUGUGCUAUUUGGUCUUUAUUCAGCACUCCCAAAUCCCAUAAAUCCCAUCCCUUUUGGAAUUUAUCACGAUUAAUCAUUGAAAGUUGGGCGAGUUAUGAUAACUGGAAAAAUCCACUUUUUGACAGUCCUGGAUAACAGUAAUUAAGCAUUUUUUUAGACUGUGUAGCUUAAAAACCAAAAAGACAAAAGGAAUAGCCCAUUUAUGAGUGUCUUAACUUUGGCAGCUCAUGGAUAUUCAUCAGAGUCGCCUCUAGCACGCAUUUACAUCGGGAAACAGGGUAACUAUUUUCCUUUCAAACUGUGAUAGUUAAGUUUUUGUCAUUUUGCACAGAGCCCCUUCAUACUGGUAUAAAAGUACAACAUAAAAUAUACACAAACUCUUCCACCUUGAAGCAUACUCAUUAAAGCUUGACUGAAGGUUUAUGUGCGUGCCUUUGAGGAAUAAUGAUAUCAUUUUCUUGAUGCUGCUCUCCUGCUGUCUCAGAGAGGUACGGUACCAACCAGCUGCUCGAUGCUCGGGUCCUCCUGAUCUCUCAGGACAAAUGCAAAGCUCCCCAUGUUUAUGGAGACUCCCUGGACAGCAGCAUGUUCUGCGCAGGAAACAUGAAAGGAGGAGUCGACUCCUGCCAGGUCUGUAAGACACAUCACUUUGUUCUGUAUAUGAGGGUAAAACAAGGACCCUAAUGUGACCCCCUUUCUCUCUACCUAUAGGGUGACUCUGGAGGCCCCCUGGUGUGUGAGCGUAAUGGGACACACUAUGUUGUGGGUGUGGUGAGCUGGGGCGACGGCUGUGGCAAAAAAUACAAGCCUGGUGUUUACGCCAAUGUGGUCAGAUUUAUAGAUUGGAUCGCUCAUCAUUUACUCUCAUAAAGAUGCUCGAGGGAAUAACAUAGCAAUUACUGGAUACCUUAUUUCAGUGCGACAAUCUCACACUGCCAAGGGUUGUCUUUGUUUAGGUAAGCAUAACUGCAGCAUGAAUAAAAACAAUUAAAAAAUGUA